AUGAGAAGAGAUACUGGAGUGAUAGCGACUGCCUCUCGUCUUCUACAGGCAACAGACCCCAUAUACCUCAAAGCCAUGGCCUCAGCUCGGAGGAGUUUCUUCUCACAAUCCGAGCAGCGUGAAAUGGACGAUAUAGUUUCAUUCUAUGAUGAUAAGGUGACUCAGUAUGCAAAUCAAGACAUUCAGACAGUCACACUCAAAGCUCUUUUAGGACUAGGACGGUCAGGAUUAACAACAUCAUCAUCUCCACCUUUGUCAACAUCAACACCAACAGCAACAGCAGCAUCAGCCCAGCAACGACGAGAUGAAGAAGCGGCUAAAGACCUUGCUAUCAAUUUGGAUGUAGCACGGUAUGCACGUAAGGAGUUACCAGUUCGAUUGGCGCGACUGAUCAAAGAAACUCAGAAGCUUCCUUUCAUCGUGGGAACAAAUCCCUAUAUCAAACGAGUCUACAAGUUGUACUAUGACUCUUUUCAAACUAUUACAGCAAGUCCACAGCAAAUUAAGAAUAAAGAGGAUCUUGAUCGGUUUGCAAAUCUGUUGCAAGGCCUUGUAGCAUCUCACGCCGAUGUUAUUCCUAUGCUUUCUCAAGGUUUCUUGGAAUGCAAAAAGUAUAUGGAAAAGGAAGCGAUUAAAAAGUAUUUAGAUGGAAUUAUUCAAGCUCGUAUUGGUAUUCGCUUGAUUGCUGAACAGGUAAUUUCGCUCAGAGAGCAACGAGAUUAUAACGAAGAAAAGACCAACAGUGAUAUUCAGAAUGCCUCCGGAGAAAGGAUGUCUACAUCAUCACAAUCCUUAUUAGAGGCUGUACCCCGUCGUCACUCGGAUGUUGUGGGAGUGGUUCAUACAGAGCUUCGACCUGCAGAUUUGAUCAAAACAUGCGCCUCCUUUGUCCAGGAUCUAUGUGAUGUCAACUAUGGAUCGAGUCCUGAGGUUGUAAUUAAUGGACAGACAGAUGCAACGUUCACCUAUGUUCCAGUUCAUCUCGAAUAUAUCCUCUGCGAGUUGCUCAAGAAUGCUGUCCGAGCUACCGUGGAGCAUUCGCAAAAGAUUGGCAGAUCCGCUAUUAGCCCUCAUGGCACCCAGCACCAGCCUCUCUUUUCAUCAUCAGCAGCGGGCUCUCAUCAUGAAAAGCGCAGCAACAGCGCCGUAAUUAUCAACCAGGAUGAUGAUCAGGAUAUCACAAGACGACCUAAUGAAUUUGGACACCCACCUGUGGAAGUGACUAUCGCUCAGGGAGAGCACGAAAUCACAAUUAGGAUCAGGGACCAUGGUGGAGGAAUACCACGAGAAUAUUUCGAUUCAAUUUUUGAUUAUUCAUUCACAACUGUUAAGAACGAGAACGAUACAGCGAAUUCCAUGGAUGCUGGAGGUGAUACACCCUAUGGUGUGGAUAGUAUCUUUAAGGGAGUCAGUCGACUUGCGAUGCAGGCUGGUUUGGGUGGUCCUAUUGCUGGGCUUGGAUUUGGGUUACCAUUGACAAAGAUAUAUGCACAAUACUUUGGUGGUGAUAUGCAACUAGUCUCGCUGCAGGGAUAUGGCUGUGAUGUAUUUUUGAAGCUCAAGCAGAUUGAUGAGAACUUGGACGAGCUUCGAAUUUAA